GCAUGCUUCUCACUGGGACAUCGCUGAAUGAGCGUGGUGAUACUCUCAGCUUGCCUCUGACAUUUUUCACUCGUUGCCGGGGUCCUGGCGUUCGUCUUUGGCGUAAGUCUCCAGUGUGUGUGCUGGAGGAUGACUUGGCUUACUGGACCUGCGCUGCUAUUGGCGGUGACUUUCUGUGUGUCAUCUGCCAUGGACAAAGCUACCUUAGAGGUCCUUUACCUACAGAGAACCAUCACUCCUGCCAGAGGCUCAUCGGUCAAACUAUCCUGUGAUACACAUUAUGACCCCGAGCAAUGCGGUCUGGUGCACGUUGUAUGGCGUCAUUUGACCAAACAAAAUGCUGAGUUGACUGACCCCAACAGGUACCUCACCACAGUGAACGAGACGGCGUCCGAUGGCAACAUGAGACGCAGACAGGUCGUGACUGAGAUUCUAGAGCUGACAACAGAGGACAACGGUCAAUAUCAAUGCAAGGCUGAAUGUGAGAGUGGAGAGACAGCAAUGGGACAUUUCAUCUGGAUCGAUGUCAAAGGUUGACCACCUGACUGAGAUGGCUCUGUUCACAAAGGAUUAAAAUGUUCCGACAACUUGAAUGCACCAAUUUUUACAAAGGUUUAUUUCAAAGCAUGUUUUUCCUUUUCUGUAUUUUGACGUUUCAUCAUCUGUCGUAUCUGCUUUAGUGGCUUUUGCUCAGCGGAUUUAAAAUCUACUAUAUGACUCUGUGUCCAUGCUUAAAGACGUUGGGAAGACAGCUAAUGUUACUUAGGUGUAAGUUGGUGACUCCCUGGCAUGGUUGUGGAAUUUUCUGUAUAAGGUUGUCUAUGAAAAAUGGAAAAAUAAUACACGGUGAGCGUUGAUGUCUUUCGAGGCAAACUGUAUGGCACAAUAGGAGUAAAUAUAGCCAGAAUAUACAACACCACAAGUCUGGUCCUAUCUGUAGCAUUGACCAUCACUGUUGCGUCUGUAUCAAUGUGUAUUUAUAGCCAGCACACAAGCCAGCUGCCCCCUUUGACACACACAGACACAUACCAACACAUUGGCACUUUCUACGUUCAGUCACCGAACACAGAGUUCCUUUAAGAUAAGACGAGUGACAGUUGCAUCUCUCCCACGAAAGAAAAAGAGCCUGGGAAACACAACUAAAGUUCUCUAUAAAUUAUAAAAAUAAAUUAUUACAACAUUCAGAUUUGAUCAUAAAAGCAUGUAAAAAAAA